UUUCCUCCACCCGUCAAUGUUGGUUCCUGGUUCACAUGCUAAGUUUGCCUUUCAUAUUCUCUUUAACUUUUGCUCCACGGUGCUCUGUGUAAGGCUAGUGGCGGCCUCCCUGGCCCACAUUUAAGAACUCUUAUUUUACUGAUUGACCGGAUUUGGGCUUGAAGAAACAGAGAUCAUUUGGGGAAUUACAAAAAAUUCUUGCAUCGAUUGGACUGUAACAUACGUGGGUUAUACUGUGUGUACAGAGGGCACCAGCUCAGCAUCUUCUCUCAUCAGUACUGUAAUAAUUAUAGGAUGGACUUGUUUAAGUAAAACAGUGUCUGGCACUGAUAAUAAUAAUAUUAUUAUUGGUAGCCCCACUGCUAUACCCCACGAGGGCUUGCAGCCAAAUUCUGAGCAGGACUCCUCCAUGUCAUAGUACAUUUGAUCUCAAAUUUCCCUUUUUUUUCCUUCAAUUUUGUGGACUUGGUUUUGCUUUUCAUUAUAUGGGUAUCAAUUAGUUUUCACUUUUUUGGUUAGUGGGGUCAUAGGUAGUUUCUUAGACACAUACUGCGCUUUGAGUCAGCCAUGAAGUUUUCUCUCUUUUCACGCUGUAAAUCUGUCCGUUUUUACUGCCUGCCAAAUGCACAAGCAUACAUAAAACUGCUCACAAUACAUAAAACUGCUCACAAUUUCAAUUUCUUAUCUCUAUAGUUUCUGCUAUUGAAGAUUCCAUUUUUUUGUCCUCUCCAUCCAUUAGCCCACAAAAUUUCGGAUUAUUCUGGUUGUGGGUCCUUAACGUUUUUUUAUUCAUCAGCAGUAAUCAGUUUCUCCUUUAUUGACGGCUUCAUCGUUUUCCGUCUUUUGGGUUCGGGUUCUAACUAGCAUUUUGGAAAGGACCUUGAUGGUCGGCCAAGAUUCCAUCCCUCUGACUAAUCUAUUCCUUUUGGGUUUAAUCUUUUUCUAGCUUUUCUUUCAAGACCUGGAUAGCACUGGAGAUAUUCCUUACAUGGUGUCACGUCCACAAGCUGGAGCAAGAGUUUUCACGCUUAUUCAAAUAAGAGAUUAACCAUAGGUUGUUACAUUUGGGUCAGGAAACAGGCUUUUGAGGCUCUGGAGAGUUCAGAAAGUGAAGGGGACAUGUGAUAUAGUUCAUCAGUUCAGAGCGUAAGCAUUAGAGUUUUGUAGGAAAGAAACUGAUGAAAUUGCAGACCUCCUUGGAGUUUGUAAAGAUGAGAAGAUAUUGCGUAAGGGUUUUUGAGAUGUGCAAUUGCCUCCCAACAGAUGAGAAUAUGCUUUGAAUUUGGGGUUAAAUAAGUAAAAAUUGAAGGUUGGUUGUGGCGAGGAUUCAGAAAUAUGGGUUGUGCAAGUUCCAAGAUUCAGGAUGAUGACGCCUUGUUGCGCUGCAGGGAGAGGAAGCGCUUCAUAAAAUUGGUAAUAGAUACUAGGUACCAAUUGGCAACAGCUCAUGUGGCUUACAUUGAAGCUCUUAGAAAUAUCGGCCACAGCAUCAAGAAUUUUACUGAAGUGGCGUUAGAAUCCUCUCCGUCUUCAUCCUCCGCAAUGGCUUCUGAGCUUGCUGUUUUGCAUGAGAAGUCACCAUCCCGUUCUCCUUUUCCAUCCUCGACUUCUUCCAGAUCCCAAUUAGCAUCCCCUGUUAACUCUCUGUCUCCAGUAAAUCUGGAUUCUCAUGAUAAUCAUUUUCAUGCAUCAAAUGCGAGUCCGCUUCAUGUGAAUUUAAUGAGGUCAGGGGUUACACAGCCGAUCACGGUCGAGCAGAGGCCACCAGCUGGGGCAAGAGGUUCGUUGGAAUCAUUUUCAUCAGCCCCUCAGUCUAGAGUGGAUCUUGAUUCCUCAUCUUCCAGGCCUGCUACUCCUCCUUCUCCUUCCUCAUCUCAGAAGACAGUUCCACCGCCUCCUCAGCCUUCUGGAAAUCCUUGGGAUUUCUUCAAUCCAUUUGCUUCUCUUGACGAUCACUAUUACCCUGCAGAUCACAGGGAAAUCAGUCACUCGCCCGAGAGAGAAUUAAUAGAUUUGGAAAAUGUCAGGGAGGAAGAGGGUAUUCCUGAUCUAGAAGAUGGUGAUCAUGGAGAACGGGACUUGGAGCGAGUGCGUUUUGUGGAAAAAACGUCUAGAGCUGAAUUUGCUGAUUCUCACACACAUAAUUUUGAAAUUGCUGAUGAGGCGGGUGUCAAAACUGAUUCUUCUUCCCAGGAACAUGUAGCAACUUCUAGUGUUGAUGCUUUUACUCAAGCACCGCCUAAGCCAUCUGUGGAAGAAAAGCUGCAGUUUACUAGUAAAGUUGUCGUGGAGGAUAUUUCUUCUAUCGAUGUAGAGGCAGAUGAAGCAGAUGCUAUAAAGGCAGCGGAGAAAGACAAGGAGGUUUCCGGAAAAGAAGUCAUAUUAGACAAUGAACAGCAAACGGCGGCUUCUGUCCCCAGAAACAUAAAUCUUCUGGACGGUAUAAAGGAGAUUGAAAAGUGGUUUAUCAGGGCUUAUGAAUCUGGCGAGGAAGUCUCUAGGAUGCUUGAGGCAAAUAAAGUGCGGCAUCAUUCAAGCCUCACCGAGACAAAAGGAAGGUCGUGGACAUCCAGAAUUUUCAUCCCCUACAGUAUAUGUUGUUUCAGGGGUCCUGCAGUGCCCGUCUCACAUGAACCUACAUCUAUGGCGCUGAGUUUACUAACCUGGCAUCGAUCUACAUCAUCUCUAUCUUCAUCCUCCAAAACUCAUUUUGUUUCCAUCCCAAAAGAUGACUUGGAUGACAGUAGCAGUGAUUAUGUAGAGGACUUGUGCAUGAUUUCUGGAAGCCACGCAUCAACUUUAGAGAGACUGUAUGCAUGGGAGAAAAAACUCUACGACGAAGUCAAGGCAGAAGAGUAUAUAAGAAGUGUAUAUGAAAAGAAAUGUGUACAGCUAAGACAUCAGGAAGCGAAAGGAGAAAAUUCACAAGUCAUUGAUAAAACAAGGGCUGCAGUAAAAGAUCUACACUCCAGAAUCAGGGUUGGCAUCCAUGCAGUUGAGUCAGUAUCAAUGAAAAUCCAGAAAUUGAGAGAUGACGAACUGCAACCACAACUUGUUGAGUUAAUACAAGGGUUGAUAAGAAUGUGGGAAGUGAUGUUAGAGUAUCAUCAAACUCAGCGUCAGAUCAUCUUUCAAACAAAUGCUGUGGGCCGUCCAGCUGUUAGUGGCAAAUUUAGUGAAUCAUAUCAGCAGGCAACUGUUCAUCUUGAAAGUGGGCUACUGAACUGGUGCUCGAGUUUCAAUAAUUGGAUAGAUACUCAAAAGGCUUAUGUAAAAGCUCUGCAUGGAUGGUUCCAGAAAUGCCUAUUGGAAGAGGUCCCUGACCCCUCUACAAGGAGAAGAGCAGGCAGCUUGUCGCCCCGCAAACUUGGUGCUCCAUUUGUAAUUAUAAUAUGUCAUGAUUGGUCUCGAGCAUUUGAAAUGCAGGAGAGUGCUUCCAAGAAAGAUGCCAGUCCUAACAACAGUGUUCCCAAGAAGGAAAAUCUAGAUACAGCAGUGAAAGAAGUUCUUAGUGAUAUUAAAAGCUUAGCUGGAGAUGUACGAGGGAUCUGUCUACAACUAGAUGAUCAUGAGAACCAGAAAAAGAAGGCUGCAAAAGAUCUUGGCAGAAAGGCAGCAGAGAGUACAAAAGAAGAAGUAUAUAAGGGGGAUUAUCAUAAGGUGAUGCAGGAAACUAAUGAUGUGUUCUUGGACGCAUUACCAACACGUUUGGCAGAUAUAUUUUUAUCUUUGACAGAUUUUGCUUCAGUUUACACAGAUAGCUUACGUAAUGCCAUAAGUAAUGAGAGGAAGGGUUCCAAUUCAUAUACAAACAGUAGGUCAUAUACCUAGAUAUCUUACGGUUCAAGGCUGCCAUUUAUAUAUUAACGGUGUACUUUUGGUUCACAGGGGGAGUAUGUACUUUUUAUGAUCUGUAAAUGUCUGGAGUUUCCUUUGUGGAAACGUCAAGUAUACAUAGAAAUUUGUUUUGUUGAGUAUUUGGUUAUCUACCACUCAGCAAUGGGGGAACGCUGUGUUUGUUAAGACAUGGCACAAAUGAUGCUUUGAACUGUGUAACAUUGUGUGUGAGGAUAUUUGUUUUCAAACGGUGAGUCUCUGGUUUAGGAUCUAUGGUUUUGCGGAAUUUCUUCUAGGUCUGUGUACUAUAGAUAGAUUCAAGGGGCCUUAAGAUACAUGGCUUUGUAUCUAAAGCAGGAGAGAUUUUGCUGUUUAGACAGUGAAAUCUAGGAAUCAUCCUACAAAGCAGGUUUUGAGUGAAAAUCUAGUGAGAAACUUCAAAGCCUGUAAGGAAUGUGCUAGUGUCAUAUAGAUAUGUUCUAAAACCUCUGAAUUAUAUAUAUUUUGAAAUAAAUUAGCAGGUAGGAGAGAUUUGAAGAUCAGCUUGGGUAGAAUCUUCUCAGUGUGAGCUAUAUGCAGCCCACAAAUUCUCUACUGUAAUAAUAAUCAUUCUACUCAUUGUGCUUCCAUUAAUAAUCUCAGUGUGAGCUAUAUGCCCAUGUUUUUAAAAUAAUAUUCACCUUAAUAAAAAUUGAUAUGCUUUUCUCUGUAA